CAAUUGCGAUUGAAGAAAAAGUGUGUCCAAAACAUCAAAGUUAAAAGAUUUUGGACCUUUCAAAAUUUUGUUUUGUGGUCCAAAAUAGUUUUUUUUUAAGUUUUUUUAAUUUUUAACAAAAAAAAAAAUAAAUUUCCAAAAAUGUCACAAAUCAAAAUAUUUCUGUGUUUAACAUUAGUGGCAAGUGCGAUUGCGCAAUGCUCGUGGGAAUUCGUACGCACAACAAUGGAUAUCAAGUGCAAUUUACGAAUUAUCGAUGCUACCCCACAUGGAUUAGAUCUACAAGUGGCCGAAACAGCCAACAAUUUGGAUAUACAGUGCGCCGAUGAUUUAUUAUACGCGUCCGAAUUACCAAUCAAUGCAUUUGUCCGUCUGCAAAAGUUAUCCGAGCUAAAAUUGGAUUCGUGUAAAUUGCAACGUUUGCAACAAAAUGCAUUCGAAGGUUUAGUGUCGUUAAAGAAAUUAACAGUUCGUACGCGAAAUUCGAUUUGGGGACCGGGUAAAAGUUUAGACAUUUUAACAAAUACAUUUGCCGGUUUGCGAGAUUUGCAAACAUUGGAGCUGAGUGAGAAUAAUAUUAGACAAUUGCCUGAAGGUGUGUGGUGUCCGUUGCACAGUUUGAAGGUAUUGAAUUUGACUGCGAAUCGUAUUCGAUCGGCCGAUAGUUUGGGUUUUUCGGAGAAAUUAUGUUCGAUCGGUGGAAUGCAAGGUUCGGGAUCGGAAUUGCAAGUUAUCGAUGCGAGUUCGAAUGAGAUACGUUCGUUGCCGGAAAAUUGGGGUGCAUCGCGAUUGCGCCGUUUGCAGCAACUAAAACUCCAACACAACAAUAUCACAAGUAUUGCUGCCGAUGCAUUUAGUGGUUUAACAAGUUUACGUACAUUGAAUUUGAGUUAUAACCAUUUGGAGACCAUUCCAAUUGAUGCAUUCGCCAAUAACAAAGAACUUCGGGAAAUCCACUUACAGUCGAAUGAGUUAUAUGAUCUUCCAAAGGGUAUCUUCCAUCGUUUGGAACAACUUUUGGUUCUUGAUUUAUCUGGUAAUCAAUUGACCAGUCAUCAUGUCGAUAAUACAACUUUUGCUGGUUUAAUCCGUUUGAUAGUUCUAAAUCUGGCAAAUAACGCUUUGACCAGGAUCGGUUCCAAGACCUUCAAGGAACUAUAUUUCCUCCAGAUCCUUGAUAUGCGCAAUAAUUCCAUUGGUCAUAUCGAAGAUGGUGCAUUUUUGCCUUUGUACAAUCUUCACACCUUGAAUUUGGCCGAAAAUCGUCUACAUACUUUGGAUAAUCACAUCUUCAAUGGUCUCUAUGUCUUGACCAAGUUGACUCUGAAUAACAAUCUAAUCAGCAUAAUUGAAAGUCAAGCUUUCCGUAAUUGCUCCGACUUGAAAGAGCUUGAUUUGAGUUCCAACCAGCUUGCCGAAGUUCCAGAAGCUAUCCAAGACUUGACAGUGCUAAAAACUCUUGACCUCGGUGAAAAUCAAAUAUCCGACUUUAAAAACGGCACAUUCAAGAAUUUAAAUCAACUCACCGGUCUUCGAUUGAUCGAUAAUAGAAUCGGUAACAUCACGAAGGAUAUGUUUGCCGAACUUCCAAGACUCAGUGUGCUCAAUCUAGCCAAGAAUCGUAUCCAAGCUAUCGAAAGAGGUGCUUUGGACAAGAAUACUGAAAUCGAAGCAAUUCGUCUAGAUAGAAAUUUCCUAACCGACAUUAAUGGAAUUUUUGCAACUUUGGCCUCACUUUUAUGGUUGAAUUUGUCAGAGAAUCAUUUGGUUUGGUUUGAUUAUGCAUUCAUUCCAAGUAACCUUAAAUGGCUUGAUAUUCAUGGCAAUUAUAUCGAAGCUUUGGGUAACUACUACAAACUCCAGGAGGAAAUCCGGGUGACAACUCUUGAUGCUAGUCACAAUCGCAUCACAGAAAUCGGUCCAAUGUCAGUGCCAAAUUCUAUUGAACUUCUUUUCAUCAACAACAAUAUCAUCAGUUCCAUUCAACCCAACACUUUCGUCGAUAAAACCAAACUUGCACGAGUUGAUCUAUAUGCAAAUGUCCUGUCAAAAAUUCCAUUGAAUUCACUUCGAGUUGCUCCAGUUUCGAGUGAAAAGCAAGUUCCUGAAUUCUAUUUGGGUGGAAAUCCAUUUGAAUGUGAUUGCUCCAUGGAAUGGUUGCAAAGGAUCAACAAUCUUACCACUCGGCAACAUCCUAAGAUCAUUGAUCUCACAAAUAUCGAAUGUUUGAUGCCACAUAGCCGUAAUUCACCAAUUCGCCCAUUGACUUCUCUGAGUAGCCAAGAUUUCGUGUGUAAAUACGAAUCCCAUUGCCCAACAUCCUGCCAUUGCUGUGACUUUGAAGCCUGCCAGUGUGAAAUGAAGUGUCCUCAAAAUUGUUCCUGUUUCCAUGAUGCUACAUGGUCCACCAACAUCGUCGAUUGUGGCAAACAGAAUCGCAAUACUUUGCCAAGUAAGCUUCCUUUGGAUGUCACAGACUUGUAUCUCGAUGGAAAUAACCUACCCGUUCUCCACUCGCAUGUCUUCGAGGCCAGGAGAAAUCUAAGAGCUCUGUAUUUGAAUUCCAGUAACGUAAUGACGAUAGAAAAUAAGACUUUCAGUGAUCUUGGCAUGCUUCGAGUUCUUCAUCUCGAAAACAACAAACUCCAAUCCUUGGCUGGUCAUGAAUUCGGGCAACUAUCCCUUCUCAGAGAGCUCUAUCUUCAAAACAAUCUCCUUACCCAGAUUGGAAAUGCAACUUUUGCUCCAUUAGUGUCAUUAAAAGUCCUCCGAUUGGACAAUAAUCGACUGGUUUCGAUCAACAUUCCACAAUUUGUCAAUCUUCAAUAUCGCAAUGGUCUGGAAGCUUUGACAAUUGGACGUAAUUCCUGGUCAUGUCGGUGUCGUUUCCUUCAAGAAUUCUCUCAAUUCGCCUCUGAUAAUGCCAUGAUCAUUAAGGAUGCAUCAGAGAUUUACUGUGUCGAUGGAGCUGUUAAACGUGAGUUGGAUCUUACUGCUCAAGCUGAAUGUAGUGAACUUCUUGAAAAUAGCAGCAAUUUGGCCUCCCAGGACAUCAAUGGUGGAUAUGUACCACUUUUGGCUGCAGUUUUGGUGUUAAUUUUCCUAAUUGUCGUUCUGAUCGUGGUUUUUGUCUUCAGAGAGUCGGUUAGGAUGUGGCUUUUUGCCCAUUAUGGUGUUCGUGUGUGUGAACCUCGUUUCGAAGAUGCUGGCAAAUUGUACGAUGCUAUUAUUUUACACUCCGCGAAGGAUUACGAAUUUGUGUGCCGAAAUAUUGCAGCUGAACUUGAACACGGUCGUCCACCAUUCAGAUUGUGUAUUCAGCAAAGAGAUCUUCCACCAGAGGCUUCACAUUUGCAGAUUGUUGAAGCAUCUCGAGCAUCCCGCAAGAUCAUCCUUGUCCUAACCCGAAAUCUCAUCCAAACUGAAUGGAAUCGCAUUGAAUUCCGUAAUGCCUUCCAUGAAGCACUUCGGGGUUUGGCGAGUAAACUGGUGAUCAUCGAAGAGACCGCUGUUAGUGCCGAAGCUGAAGAGGUUCCUGAACUUGCUCCAUAUCUGAAAUCGGUGCCAUCAAAUCGUUUAUUGACUUGCGAUCGUUAUUUCUGGGAGAAGCUCCGAUAUGCUAUUCCAAUUGAGCUGUCACCACGAGGUAACAACUACACAUUGGACCAUCACGAACGUUUCAAACAACCUGUUAGUCCUGGAGUGAUCUUCCGACAGGCUCCACCUCCUCCAGCUUACUACCAGGAGGACAUGGAAGCCAACUACUCGUCCGCAACUACUGCUACUCCCAGUCCUCGUCCUAGCCGACAUGUUGCUCGUCCUUGUGAAAGCAUCGCCAUGCGACCACCUUCUGAACACAUCUACUCCAGCAUUGAAUCAGAAUACAGUGCAUAUGAUCAACAGGAGAAUUUGUCCAUGAUUCCAAGUGGACAACAGCAGUUGUUAGGUCACCCACAUUUUCGAUCGGGUGGACAGCAUAAUCUAAGGAAUCCCCAUCAUCCUUCGUCGUCAGCACAAUGGCGCCCAAUUCAACAGGCUCCAGUGCAUCUUCGAACUAAUAGCAAUUUAAGUAAUGCUUCGACUUCGACACAAUCCACGUCGGCAGCUAUUCAGUCAACUCAAGCACAACCCCAAGCGGGAGCAGCUGUGACGUCAUCGUCGGUAGCUCCACCAGCUUCAUCAGCGGCGAUAGCAUCAGCACCACCAGCACCAAGUACGAGUAAUUCCAAUGCGAACAAUCAGGCGUUCCUAGUUUAACCCAUAACAACUUAUACUACAAUUCUUCUUAAAUAAAAAAAAAAACAAAA